GUUCUUGCGUUUCGUCAUGCUACGGAAGUGCUGGCUCUGAAGCUCGGUCGUGUGGGCCCCUGUCAACGCUGCCUGACUCCCAUCGCUGCCGAACCGUGGAGGAACCUCCCUGGAUGUGUUUGUCUCACAUCUCAUGUAGAUUGGUUGUCGCUGUGUGACAAGCUGCGGUCUGACAAUGGGAGCGAACAACAGCACCCGCCGUGUGUCGUUUGAGUCGGACGAGAACGAGAAUAUAACGGUGGUGAAGGGCAUACGGCUUUCUGAGAAUGUCCUCAACCGCAUGAGGGAACCCGCAGCUCCUCCUAAAAAACAACAACGUGCUCCCACUCCACCACCUCCCUUGGAGCCGACACUCACUUCCUCUCCUCUCCUGCGGCCAGUGCCUCCCCCCUUUGAUCCGAUCACCUCCUUGCCUCCUCUCCCUCCUCUUGUAGAACCUGUUGCCCCUCCAACUCCUCCUCCGCCAGCUCCACCUGUCCAAGAGACUGCACCUACACCACCACCACCACCACCACCUCCUUCUCAACCUCCUGCAGAACAGGUAGCAGCCCCUACCAUAGCUGACAUGUUGCUCUCAUCCUCAUCUUUGCUCUCAGCUCCUCCUGCUCCCUGCUCUGCUUCAGCUGCUGUGGAAGAGAUCGCUGUGCUUGCGCCUCCUCCCCUUGUAAUUGAACCCUCUUCUCCUCCUCCCAUAAAUCAGCCCAUUGCUGCUUCUCCUCCUGUAAUGGAACCUAUUGCUCCUCCACAUGUGAUUGAAUCCAUUGCUCCUGCAUUUGUAUCUGAGCCCAUACCAUGUCCUCCCCCUGUCGAGAUGGAACCCAUCGCUGCUGCUCCCCCUCCUCCAGAAUCUGAACCCCUCUCUUCCCCUCCUAUUCUCGAGCCUGCGCCCACCCUGAUGCCACCUGCGCCUCCAGGGGACACAUUGUCCCUGCAGCCUGCUGAGCCACUUGCUUCGCCUCCCAUGCCAGAGUUUACUGCUCCUUGUGAACCAGUUGCACCUCCUCUUCAGCUCCCAGUAGAGCCAGUAUCCCCUGCUCCAGUCCCAGAGCCUGUGGCAGUGCCUGAGUCGAGUCCAAUCCCACCACCUCCUCCUCCACCAGCCGUUGACGAAGAGGCCCUGAGGAAGAAGAUUUCUGUUGAGCUGCACAAAGGCUUUGAGGAGGAGAGGGCCAAGGCAGAGCAAGAGCUGCAAGCCUGGUUGGACAUGGAGAAGGCCCGAGCAGCAGAGCAGGCUAACGCUGACGCCCAGUCCCAGGUCCAGAGUGAAGUUUCCAGGAUCCUCUCUGCGGAGCGGGCCAUGGUGCAGGAGAACCUCCAGCAAGCUCUCGUAAGGGAGAGGAUCACCACCGAGGACGAGAGGCUCCGUGCCCAGCUCUAUGCCAAGCAGCUGGAGGCCAGAGAAGCAGAUUUGAAGAAGCAGGAUGCUUUCUACAGAGAGCAGGUGGCGCGGCUGGAGGAAAGGAGCGCUCAGUUCUACAAGGUCACCACAGAGAACUACCACAAAGCUGCAGACCGAGUGAAUGCCAAGUUCAAGCGGUAUGAGAUGUAUCCCGUGUGCGCAGACCUGCAGGGCCAGAUCCUCGCAUGCUACAAAGAGAAUGUCGGGAAAACCCUCCACUGCUCAAACAUUGCAGCCCUUUACCUGCAGUGUGUCAACAACUCGAAACAGAAUGACAAGAAUGUGCAUGCACCCUCAUGGACAGAUAUAACAAGUUGAGGACCGGGGGUUAAGGAAGAAACGAGAAAGUAAGAGAGAGUCUAUUGUGUGGGAUUACUGAUUAUCGACCGACUGACUGACAGACCAAACUGCAGUGAAGGAGGAGGGGAAUGAAUCAGCACCUACACAAACACACACACCCUCAAAACCCUGCCACGGAGCCAGACUAGGCACUGAACACAGCACCUUGAAUGAGAAGUAGACGCCCUUCCCCUCAACUCUUAUCUCCUACCUCUCUAAACCUUCGUCUAGCUCUCCUGUGAGAAUGGCAGAGAGACAGCAACACUGUCGGCCAUUUUGGAGACGCACCGGUGACCCGCGGGACCCAGCAGGCCUGAACUUGGCACGCUAAAAAGGACAAAGAUGAACCAGAACCACCUCAAGAACGCCAGCCAUCCCCUCUCACUCCACUGCUCUUUAGAAAACGUUACUCUAUUUUUACACAUUAAUGUCAGUCCCUCAUUUGUUGUCAUUAAUUCGGUGUUUCCACCAGCUCCUAAUGCACUAUCCUGUACGCAGAUACACACGUACACCCAUCUGUGUCUCCUUCGCAUCUGUCGCUGUGAGAUUGUGUCACGUUAAUAAUGUAACGAUCCGCGUGUUGAGUUUUCAUCCAGAGCAACACUUGUGACGAUGUCUGAUCAGAGGAAAAUAAAAGACGAAACAAUACAGGAA